GACUAGAAGAUGUCGAUGGACUCGAUAUGUGGGAGCACAUGUCGCGCGGAUCGGAAUCGCCGCGCACCGAACUCCUGUACAACAUCGAUCCCCUCGACCCGCCAGAGCUCUCGGUGGCCGCGAUUCGAGACACCCGCUACAAGUUGGUCCUCGACGGCACGGGUUACAACAGCGAACGAUACGAAACUGCGGGUGGCCGUCGGCCUUACGAAGACCUCGACAAACUUCUCGUCCAAUCGAAAACUUCCCGCGUUCUGAGGAAGCUGUACGGGACGAAACGCUUGAGGUUUCCCAGAGGAUGGAGGAGGCGUGCAACGCUUACGUGCGGCAAAGGAACUAGAGAAAAUUUCUCAGCCAACGACACCGUCUUUUUGUUCGACAUUGUCAAAGAUCCGUGCGAGCUGAACAACUUGGCCAGCGAAAGCCCGCAAAUCGUGUCUGCCCUCAUGAAGCGUUUGGAUGCCUACCGAGCAGUCACCGUGCCUAUCGAGAACCUGCCUUUCGACCCAGCCAGUGCUCCUGAAUACCACAACGGGACGUGGGCACCGUGGUUGGACUGAUAAUUCAAUGGAAUUGAGUUUGCAACUGGAUUGCGAAGAUGACCAGGCCGUGAAAACUGCAGUUAGCAACUUGAGGUGAACCUGGCCACCUCAUGUACAGGGCAGCUUGAUAGCGAACAAAUAAAACAGCCUGUCGCAUUCUAAUAUAGUACGCACAGGCAGUAAUGGUCCAAGCAAUACAAUAUUGCAA